ACAUGGCACUAGUAAAUGACGCAUUGCAUGCCGUUGACAGAUUAGUCAACAAUGGGAUUGCUCGCACGCUGUGCGAAGUACUCCGAGUAGUCCGCUGGUGUUCACUGUUCUGGUUGCGUCGAGUGUACGUGUCGUUGCGCACGUGAUCGUGCGAUGUGAAGCACGACAAAGGCACGAGACGACACGAAUCGUGCGAGCUCGUUACAACCGCCUGAAUCCGAUCCUGGUGGUUGUGUGGUUUUGACGUUCGACGGCGACAACGAAGUGAUCAGUUCGCGACGGCGAUAUGGAGGAAGGCCCAGGGGAAGGAAGCUCCGGGAGCACCCUCGACAGAUCCGAGGACGAGAUAGCCCUGCAAGGAUGCUGCAGCCCCAAAAAGGCACCGUACCGAUUCCUGGGCUUGGCGCUCAUGUGUCUGCUCGGAUUCGGAUCAUAUUUUUGCUUUGACAAUCCUGGAGCAUUACAGGAUAAUUUUAAAGCUGACUUACACAUGUCGACGAGUACAUUCGUUCUCCUAUACUCCAUAUACUCCUGGCCGAAUGUUAUUCUCUGCUUCAUCGGUGGGUUCUUGCUGGACAGUGUGUUUGGAAUUCGACUAGGUACUGUGAUAUAUAUGGGACUCACACUGAUCGGCCAGAUUAUUUUCGCCACUGGUGCCAUGAUCGAUGCUUUUUGGCUGAUGAUGCUUGGUCGUUUCGUCUUUGGAAUUGGGGCGGAGUCGUUAGCAGUUGCCCAGAAUAGUUACGCAGUCCUUUGGUUCAAGGGCAAAGAAUUGAACAUGGUGUUCGGGCUACAGUUGAGCUUCGCGCGAGUCGGGUCGACCGUAAACUUCCUCGUGAUGGAGCCGGUAUACAAUUACGUGUCUCAGUACUAUAAAGGGCCGCAGUGCAUCGGCAUAGUUCUCUUCCUCGCUGCUGGCACUUGCGUGAUGUCGAUGAUAUGCGCCUGCAUAUUGGGCCUGAUGGACAAGCGGGCGGAGAGAUUGCUUCGACGAGGCGAGGGGCAGGAGCCGCAAACAGUCAGUUUGAAGGACGUCAAGGACUUCAAGCUGAUCUUCUGGUUGGUCGCGAUCAUCUGCAUCGCUUAUUACGUCGCGAUAUUCCCUUUCAUCGCUCUGGGAAAAGUAUUUUUCGAGCGGAAGUACGAGUUCGAGCCGUCUGCCGCAAAUACAGUGAACUCCCUCGUUUACUCGAUAUCGGCGAUCGCGUCGCCCCUCUUGGGCUAUUUAGUCGACAGGACCGGCAAGAACGUAUCAUGGGUGUUCAUUAGUAUUUGCGCCACCAUCGUUGCACACGGAUUGCUCGCGUUUACCUACUUAAAUCCCUACGUGUGUAUGGUGCUCAUGGGACUGGCGUAUUCGAUGCUUGCCAGCAGCUUGUGGCCUCUGAUCGCUCUUGUCACGCCCGAGCAUCAACUAGGCACUGCCUAUGGAAUAGCCCAAGCUGUACAGAACUUGGGUCUAGCUGUAGUCGCGAUCCUAGCUGGCAUAAUCGUCGACAAGGGAGGGUAUUUGAUGCUGGAGAUGUUCUUCCUCGGUUGGCUCUGGAUUUCGCUGAUAACGGCCGGCGCAAUCUGGGUGUCGGACGUAGCAACGAGCGGUGGUUAUCUCAACAUGACACCGGGACAAAGGGAACGGUACGAGGCGAUCCGAUGCACGCCCGAGAGUCUGGAGCGAGAAAAGUUAUUGUCGUCGGAGUGCACGUCGGACUUCUCGGCGGACAGCCUUAUGCAACCGCAGUCUGACAUCAGCAUACGAAACCGUUAUCUAUCUCGCAUUGGUGCAAUGGUUCCACCGCACGCGAUAACUCCGAUUCAUCGACCAUUACGAUGAUACACUCUGUUUAGCUGCAAAUUCAUAAUACCAAUAGGUGUGUAAAGCUUUUGUAGAGCUUUUAAAUCUCGUUGAAGUGUCUGCUCACUGUGUCUUCCUGUUAUACACACAGCUUGAUCUGUGAUAAUUUCGUAACAAAAUUGCGUUCGAUCUUGUGUUUUAACAAUGGAGGUAAGCUAUUUCUUUAAUAGUCUCGAUUGAUGCCGAUUAGGAUAUUAUACAUAAUAUUAGACAAUUUGUAUUAUAUAUGUACUUUUUUUUUACAUGAUUGAAACUUUUAAUAUACAACUCGUGAUUGCAUAAUUUAUUCUUUACGAAUGAUGACGAUAGAUUUCAGAUUUAUUCACUACCUCUGAUUUACAAAAACAAUAAAAAUUGCGGAAAUAUAAUUGUUAAUCCAUAAGGUAUACUAAUAUCUUGUGUAAUGUAUCUUGUAACAUAUCUUGAUGUAAUGUUGUAAAGAAUGAAUGUUCAAUCUGA